CUCUUUUGUCUUCGACCUCUCGACACGGCAUAGUUCCACAAAUUAUUAGUGUCUCGUCGGCCUCGUUCUCUAAGGCAAAGAGCCGUAGUAAAUAUUCUCCAUCGAACGAGCUAAAGCGAGUAUGAGUAUGGUCGAGAAAGAGAAAGAUGGUGAGGCUCAGGCCGGAGAAGAGACCACCAAUUUGGUUGUUCCAUGGAUGAGAGCUCCCGUUAACGUCAGCCUUGUCGAUAGCUGCUCACUCGAAACCCUCCCUUGUCUUCAUCCCAGGUUGAAGGAGGCGUUGGAAAAGAUGGGUAUAUCUUCACUCUUUCCAGUGCAAGUUGCAGUUUGGCAUGAGACAAUAGGACCAGGCGGCUUCGAAAGAGACAUCUGUGUUAACUCUCCUACAGGAAGUGGAAAGACUCUCUCUUACGCUUUACCGAUUGUCCAGACCCUUUCAUCUCGUGCUGUUAGAUGCCUCCGUGCUUUAGUCGUUUUGCCCACUCGUGAUUUGGCCUUGCAGGUGAAGGGUGUUUUUGAUGCUAUAGCACCAUCUGUGGGGUUAUCCGUUGGUUCAGCUGUGGGUCAAUCUUCGAUAGCUGGCGACAUCGCGCAGCUCAUCAACACACCUAAACUCGAUGCAGGGAUAUGCUAUGAUCCUGAGGAUAUAACAUCGCAGAGCCUUGAGAGUAGUGCUGUGGACAUAUUAGUUGCAACACCAGGAAGGUUGAUGGACCAUAUCAAUAACACAAAGGGCUUUACCCUUGAGCAUUUGCGUUACCUUGUCGUGGAUGAAACCGAUAGAUUGCUUAGUGAGUCAUAUCAAGACUGGCUCCCAACUGUUCUGAAACUGACUCAGGCAUCCGACGAUGGCUUGUUUCCUUCUUCUACUACACCUUUUGUUCCUUCCUCUUUUGGUUCUCUUCAGACUAUCCGUAGGCAAAGUGUGGAGAGAGGUUUCAAGGGUAAACCAUACCCAAGGCUGGCGAAGUUGGCUUUAUCAGCUACAUUGACACAGAACCCAAGCAAGCUUAUUCAGCUUGACCUGCAUCACCCUUUAUUCAUGACAACUGGUGCAAAACGAUACAGAUUACCCGAGAAGUUGGAAUGUCUCAGACUGAUUUGUGAAACCGGGGUGAAGCCUGUAUACUUGGUUGGUCUUUUGAAAUCACUGGAAGGUGAAAAGUGUAUCGUUUUCACAUCUUCUGUUGAGACAACUCGCCGUCUGUGCAAGCUACUCAACUUUUUCGGUGAUUCAAUGAUAAAAGCAAAAGAGUAUUCAGGUGGUCUUAACCAAGCAGUUCGGAGCAAAGAACUAAAGGCAUUCAGAAAAGGAGAUGUUCAAGUUCUUAUUUCAUCUGAUGCUUUGACUCGUGGAAUGGAUGUUGAAUUGGUAACAAAUGUCAUUAAUUACGACAUGCCUCAUCGUCCAAAGACCUUCAUCCAUCGUGCUGGACGGACAGCUAGAGCUGGUCGUGCCGGACGGUGCUUCACAUUGCUAGGUGAUCAUGAGGUGAGACGAUUUUCAAAUCUCUUGAAGAAAAUUGGGAAUGCUUCAUGCCCAAUCUAUCCAAUCCCAUCCGAUUUGUUUAAUCCUGUCCGUGCCAUUUACGAACCUGCUCUGGCGAAGCUGAAGGAGUCGGUUGAACCAAUCGCACCGAAAAGAGGAAGACAAGUAGGUUUUAAGCACAAUUCAAGAACUACAAAACGCAACAAAGCGACAUCGGAACAAGCAUAGUUUUGGUCUUGGUGUCGCACGGGUUAAAUACUCGAACAGGUCGGAUUCAGUAGCGUUUAAAAUGCUGACACCUCAAAUUCUUCAGAAAUUUUGGAAUGAUUGUUGCUUUUCGUCCAAUUUUGAUGGCUUUUUUCAACUGCGCUUCGUAUAUUUUUUUAGUACUCGAGAGGAUGUGUUGCUCACUUUAGUUUUUUCAGUCAACAACGAAAAUCCCUAUUAACAGAUUCUGGCAA